CGCCAGGUGGGGCGCUGAGCUCAGAGCUGCCGCAGCGCCAGCGCCGGAGCCGGAUCCCGAGCCGGAGCGCGCGAGCUCGCAGGGCGCGAGGAACGAGCGGUGGCUGGCGACGCACCCGAGACCCAGGCACUGCUGCGCUCCUGCUCAGGACCCGCGACCCGAACGCCUGACCCCGGCCCUAUCCCCCCUCCGGCCCCUAGUCCACCCCGGCCUGGCCUAGCGGAGCCCCCGCGUCCGCCCGCCGCAGCCGCCGCUCCAUCCCCGGCCCCGGCCCCGCAUCCAGGCCACCAGGAUGGACGUGUUCAUGAAGGGCCUGUCCAUGGCCAAGGAGGGCGUUGUGGCAGCCGCGGAGAAAACCAAGCAGGGGGUCACCGAGGCGGCGGAGAAGACCAAGGAGGGCGUCCUCUACGUCGGAAGCAAGACCCGAGAAGGUGUGGUACAAGGUGUGGCUUCAGUGGCUGAAAAAACCAAGGAACAGGCCUCACAUCUGGGAGGAGCUGUGUUCUCUGGGGCAGGGAACAUCGCAGCAGCCACAGGACUGGUGAAGAGGGAGGAAUUCCCUACUGAUCUGAAGCCAGAGGAAGUGGCCCAGGAAGCUGCUGAGGAGCCACUGAUUGAGCCCCUGAUGGAGCCAGAAGGGGAGAGUUAUGAGGACCCACCCCAGGAGGAAUAUCAGGAGUAUGAGCCCGAGGCGUAGGGGCCCAGGACAGCCCCCACCAGCAGCACAAUUCUGUCCCUGUCCCUGCCCCGCCCCCCAGAGCCAGGGCUGUCCUUUGACUCCUUCUCCCCAAUCACAAGAUCUUCCGCUCUGAGGCAACCCCCUCGGAGCCUGUGUUAGUGUCUGUCCGUCUGUCUGUCCUACCCGCCCGCGUCCAACCCCGGGGCGUGGACAGGGCCGGGGUUGCGGCCGCGGCUGGGAGCCUCGCCCUUCCAGUGUUGCCUCCUCCUGUCCAGCGUCUGCGCGGAUGUAGCAUGUUCUAUGUGUUUUUAAACGAAGAUCCGAAGCGACGGCUCCUCCCCGAUCCCCGACAGUGGCUCUCCAAGGGGCCCCCGGGCAGCCCCAGAGCACCCCGCCCCACUCUCAUUAACCCCGAGAACCUUUUUUUUUUUUUUUUAACCAAAACCAGGAGCCAGGCUGUGCCAUGUCCCCCGCACCCCAUCCCAGCCGGCCCGGUCCAAACGCGGGCGUCGUGUGUUGUGAUUGUGGCAUGGAGAGUCCCCAUCCCCCCGUGUGAGGGUGUCCCGGGCGGGUGUGCCCGGCCGCCCCCCGAGAGUCCAUGAAUAAAGCUAAUCUGUCUAUAGCCA